AGAAGAGAAAAAAUAAGAAAUGGGAUAAAAUUUUAUCUUAUUUUUUCUAAUUAUUUUCUUUCAAUUUAGAUAAAAAAAUAAAAAAUUUAAAAAUCAAAGUAGUUUAUUCUUUAUAUUUUCUAUUUUUGAUCCCUUAUUUCUUCCCUCUAUAAUAAUUUAUCCAAAGAGAGUGUUACAAACACAGAUUCAGCAAGAGAAAAUUUUCUACUUUCCUGCGAAAAUGUAAAAGCUACUGCCUUUUUUUGUAUUUGGCCGGCGAGAAAAUCCGGAGUAACCAUAUCUGGAAAAUUGUGAUUCUGUUUGGUGUGGGCCCUAACUGAUUGCGAGGUCUGUCUGGUAGAGUUCCAACACUGACUUGAACGAAUUUAUGGGCACGAGAUCCCUAAACCCGAUACAGUUGUAGGAAUUAUGUGGAUGGAUCCUGCAAUGAGGUUCACUGUGCUUUUGAUGUUUCUUGCAUUGGCAAGUGCAUCUCCCAUCAAAAAUGAUUUUAGCCAUUGCGAAAAAAUUGUCAAAAAGUGGGCCUUAGCUUCUCUUAAAGAAGAAGCAACAGAGGGCAAACACACGCUACGAGAUUUGUUGUUUUUCCUCCAUGUCCCAAGAACUGGAGGGCGUACAUAUUUUCACUGUUUCCUGAGAAAGUUGUACUCUAACUCUGAGGAAUGUCCCCGCUCAUAUGAUAAGCUGCGAUUUGAUCCAAGCAAACAGAAGUGCAGACUGUUGGUUACUCAUGAUGACUAUAGCAUGAUGUCCAAAUUUCCAAAGAAGAAAACUUCAGUGGUGACCAUACUCAGGAAUCCAGUUGACCGUGUGUUCAGUACUUACGAAUUUUCUGUUGAAGUGGCGGCUAGAUUCUUGGUGCAUCCUAACUUAACUUCUGCCACACAAAUGGCUGGUCGGUUGCGCCCUAGGAAUGGUGGGGUUAGUACACUGGAUAUAUGGCCCUGGAAGUAUUUGGUUCCAUGGAUGAGGGAAGACCUAUUUAACAGGAGGGAUGCUAGGAAAUUUAGGGGUUCCAAUCAUGUGAGGAGCAAAGAUCCAUACAACAUGGAGGAAAUUGUUAUUCCAUUACAUGAAUAUAUCAUGGACCCCAUAGCACAUGACAUGGUACACAAUGGAGCAACAUUCCAGGUUGCAGGAUUGACCAACAACUCUUAUUAUGUGGAAGCACAUGAAGUGCGCCAUUGUGUCCAGAAGUAUAAGAUUCUUGGUGAACAUGUACUGCAAGUUGCUAAGAAGAGGUUGGAUGAGAUGUUAUAUGUUGGCCUCACUGAGGACCACAGAGAAUCUGCAACAAUGUUUGCGAAUGUGGUUGGUGCACAGGUGAUUUCCCAGGCAUUGGCAUCAAACACUAGUGUGGAAACUGCAGCUGAUAAUAAAGCAGAGCAGAGCUCUUCAAUUUCAGAUUCUGAGCGUGAAAAUGAUGAUCAUCAGGUUAGCACCUCAGACCAAAAGGCAAGUGAAAUUGCUUCUACAGGAAAUCUUGAAGGGAAGAAAGAAAAUAUGACUGUAAAGAAACUUAUGGCAGCCUAUGAAGACUGCAUUUCUAAUUUACGGAAGACCCAGGCACGUCGUCGUACCUCUUCUUUGAAGAGAAUAGCUCCAGCAAACUUUUCGAAGGAGGACCGUCUCCUUGUUCCUGAGGUGGUUCUUGAGCAGAUAAGAUCACUUAACAAUCUUGACUUGGAGCUUUAUAAAUAUGCUCAAGACAUCUUUGCAAAGCAGCACGAGCAUACAAUGCAAAAGUUGGCCAGCACAGUGUAAAACUGCAGGAAGGAUUGGAGGGCUUAUUCAACAAUUCAGGUGGCAUCACAUUAUGGAAAACAGUUUCAUUGGUCAUGUGCAUUGUCUUACUCAUUGUAGUCCUUCUAUUUGUAAAUGCAAGAAGAAAAAUAUCUAAAGUUAAGAUAUGAAUGGUACUUGUUUACAAGCUGUAGGGGAUCACAUACAGAGAAAAGUUACAUAGUGGAUAGGAAAGUAGGUAUCAGUCUGAUUCCAUUUUGGCGGAUGGCUAUGCUUGUGUUAUUUGGGGCUUAGUUAUGGACCAGUUGAUUUUUUUUUUCUAAUAUUAAAAUCAUAGUCUGUUUCUUUGAUCU